AUGGCUGUCCGAAGCACCGCCGAAGAAAUGGAGCGACUCCAGCUUUCAGACGAAGACACGGAGGAUCUCUGGAACUCCCCAUCAAAGCGAGGCGCACACAAAAGAUUCCAAUCUCGACCGUCUGAUGAGAUGCCUGCACCGGAGCCUCGACAAGCCCAUGAGGGGGGCGAUACUCUUUUCGAUCGCCAAGAGGCCCGCGAAGCAGCCCUACAGCACGAGCUACAUGCCGUGCGAAACAUCAACGAAGUCAUUGAAGGCCUGUUGAACAGUAUUGACAAGGCGAAGGGCAACAUGGAGACCGUAUCGAAAACAGUCGCGUCUGCAUCGACGCUUCUAAACACUUGGACCCGAAUCCUAUCCCAAACCGAGCAUAAUCAGCGCCUCAUUCUGAAUCCAAACUGGCAGGGUGCCACACAAGAUGUGGCUGACAUGGAGAAUGAAGCGAUUCAGAGACAGCAAGCGGCUGAGCGGCGUGAGCAAGCCCUCCAGCAGCAGCGGGAGGCAGCACUCCGUAAAGCCGAAGAGGAGGAGAGACGACGAAUUGCCACUGGUCGUGGUGGUCGCGGAACUAGUCGUGGCACAGUACGCAGUACUGGAUUGGGCAGGACGCCGAGUGUGAGCACCAACCGCACAGCAGCUACGAGAGGGGCAUCCACUACAGCCACUCGACGACCGGCCAGUGGGAUCGCACGUGGAACCCUCAUCAUGAACUUCGCCCCGUACCAGGACGAGUCUCCCGAGAUCGAGCGGGCGCUGUCCCCUCCGACUCUGGACGGUCGCGUCAAAUCUCCCGCCCUCCGGUCGCCGCGGGCGUCGACCGACUUGCCAUCCCCAAGCCACUUUGCUGGAGGUGGACACGGCAACGGCGGCUACAGACAUGACUUGGAGGGUGGUCGCGCAAGCUUGGGUGCCUUUGAGACUAGCCUCCCUAUCCGCAUGGAUGUGGAAGCUGCCCUGGCAUACUUGCUUCUACCUCCAGCGGGAGGCUUGUUUUUACUGCUGGCUGAACACAAGAGUGACUAUGUGCGAUUCCACGCAUGGCAGUCAAGUAUGCUAUUUGCGGUCAUCUUCAUAACUCACCUCAUCUUUGCCUGGAGCAGCUUCAUCUCCUGGACUCUCUUUAUUAUUGAUCUAGCACUCAUGGGAACUCUUAGCAUGCGUGCUUAUCGAGAUGUUGACACGCUCGACCACUUCGAAGUCCCAUUCUUCGGUCGCCUGGCUAAUUCAUUCGUUGAUAAUGAAUAA